AUGUCUCAAGGUACAUUAUAUGCCACUCAACAAAUCAGAAGUAUUGCCCCAAAGGUAAUCAUCAAACAAUUCGGUUUAGAUGUUAAAAUUUCUGAUAAAGAUGGGGAUUAUGAGAAAUAUUUCCCAUUGGGUAAAAUCCCUGCUUUUAUUGGUCCAAAGGGAUUAAAAUUACAUGAAGUUAUUGCAAUUUGUCUUUAUUUGAUUAAUUUAGGUGAUCCUAAAUCUAAUUUAUUAGGUAAAAAUGCUACUGAAUAUGCUCAAGUUAUCAAAUGGUGUUCUUUUGCUAACAUGGAAAUUUUACCAACUAUUGCUAGAGUCUUUAGAACCAUCUUGGGUGUUUUUCCAUACAACAAGAAGGUUGUUGACGAAGGUAAUGCCUUCCUUGACAAGGCUAUUCCUGUUUUUGAAGCUAGAUUAAAAGAAUUUACUUAUUUAGUUGGUGAAAGAGUUACUCUUGCCGAUAUUUUAGCUGCUUCUUAUUUCGUCAGAGGUUUUGAUAAUAUCUUUGGUGCUGAUUGGAGAAAGAAAUAUCCAAACACUACUAGAUGGUUCAAGACUUUGAUUUCUUCUAAAUAUUUAUCUGAAUAUUUCCCAGAUUAUAAAUUUAGAGAAAAGCCAGUUGAAUAUGUUCCUCCAAAGAAGGAAAAGAAGCAACAACAACCAGCUAAAAAGGAAGCUGCUCCAAAGAAGGAAAAGCCUGCUCCUGCUGCUGAAGAUGAUGAACCUCCUGCUGCACCAAAACCAAAACAUCCAUUGGAAGCUUUGGGUAAACCAAAAGCUGCGUUGGAUGAAUGGAAGAGAGUUUAUUCUAAUGAAGAAACUAGAGAAGUUGCUAUUCCAUGGUUUUGGGAAAAUCAAUACAAUCCAGAAGAAUGGUCAUUAUGGAAAGUUGAUUAUAAAUAUAAUGAUGAAUUAACUUUAACUUUCAUGUCUAACAAUUUAGUUGGUGGUUUCUUUAAUAGAUUAUCUGCUUCUACCAAGUAUAUGUUUGGUUGUAUGGUUGUUUAUGGAGAAAACAACAAUAAUGGUAUUACUGGUGCUUUCUUAGUUAGAGGUCAAGAUUAUAAGCCAGCUUUUGAUGUUGCUCCAGAUUGGGAAUCUUAUGAAUUCACCAAAUUGGAUGCAUCUGAUGAAAAAUCUAAGAAGUUUAUUAACAAUAUGUUUGCUUGGGAUGAACCUGUUAUUGUUAAUGGUGAAAAGAGAGAAAUUGCCGAUGGUAAGGUAUUUAAAUAA